ACCCACCCUUAGGGUAUGGCCUACCGACCUAACCAUUCCCCAAACGCUUUUUUCAAUCAUUAUUCUCCUCAGGCCUCCGCCAUGAAAAUAAAGCAGAGAAAAACUCAACAAGUUCCCCUUCUUCCAAUCAAAAAACAUAAAAGGAUGGUGAACCAACCUGGAAAAUGGGUGGUGCUGGUGGCGGCGAUAUGGAUUCAGGCAUUUGCCGGCACAAAUUUUGAUUUCCCCUCUUAUUCUUCCGAUCUGAAGGCGGCUUUGGGGAUGUCGCAGGUGGAGCUCAACUAUCUCGCGGUGGCUUCCGACCUUGGCAAGGCCUUUGGGUGGUGCUCUGGUGUCGCCCUCUUAUAUUUUCCUUUGUGGGUGGUGAUGUUCAUGGCUGCUUCCAUGGGGUUUCUCGGCUAUGGCCUUCAAUGGCUUCUCCUUCAAAGGAUUGUCUCUCUGCCUUACUCCAUGGUUUAUCUUCUCUGCUUGAUGGCUGGAUGUAGUAUUUGCUGGUUCAACACGGUCUGCUAUGUUUCAUGUAUCCAAAAUUUUCCAGCCAACCGUGCGCUUGCAUUGUCCUUGAUUGUCAGCUUCAAUGGAGUCAGUGCAGCUCUAUACACCCUAAUUGCCAAUGCAAUAGACCCCAAUGAUGCCAGCUUGUACCUCUUCCUAAAUGCGCUUGUUCCUCUCAUCAUCUCUGUCGUUGCCUUCCUCCCAAUCCUUCAUCAGCCACCGGUUCAGCCGUCCUCCGCGGAUGCCAUCCGUCAUGACUCCCUCAUCUUCAUCUGCUUAUACAUCACGGCCAUUAUCACAGGGCUAUACUUAAUCUCCUUCAAUUCCAUGCCUUCCAACAAAUACGGGUCCCAAAUUCUGUUAGCAGGGGCUUUUGCCCUUUUACUAGUUCCUCUUUGUUUGCCAGGAAUUCUGAGUACACGCAGGUGGUUGGUUCGGAUCAUAUCCACCAGCUUGAGCUGUCUUAUUCACUCUAGAUUUAACCUUGUUGAUCAUGAGCUUCACCAGGAGCUCAUUGCAGUUGGAACAGAACGAAAUGGCAUGACGGUCAUCGUCCCUUUUGAUUCUAACGAGAAGGAAAGCAUUUCAAGGAAGGUGAUGGAGAAAGAGAACUUGGUAGUGCUUGAAGAAGAGCAUUCGGCUAAGAUGCUCAUGCGACGGUUGGACUUUUGGCUCUAUUAUGUUGCAUACUUUUGUGGUGGUACGAUUGGGUUGGUUUACAGCAACAAUCUUGGGCAAAUCGCACAGUCGCUUGGAUACAGUUCAUCAACAAGUUCACUUGUAACACUCUACUCUUCUUGCUCCUUCUUUGGGCGAUUAAUAUCAGCAGCCCCAGAUUUCAUGCGUGAAAAGGUGCACUUCGCCAGAACAGGGUGGCUAGCCAUUGCACUGGUGCCAACUCCAAUCGCCUUCAUUUUACUCGCCGCAUCAGACAGCAAAAUCGCAUUACAAGCCGGCACUGGCUUGAUCGGCCUAUGCUCGGGAUUCAUAUUCUCAGCCUCAGUCUCAAUCACAUCAGAGUUAUUCGGACCGAACAGUUCAGGGGUCAACCACAACAUCCUCAUCACCAACAUCCCUCUCGGCUCGUUCCUCUACGGCGUCCUGGCAGCAGUGGCGUACGAUUCAAACGCCGGAAGUUCACACCAGACGGCGGCACUGGGGGACGCUGUAGUGUGCAUCGGCCAGAAUUGCUAUCUGCAGACGUUCGUAUGGUGGGCUUGCAUCUCCAUCUUCGGCCUGGCUUCUAGCUUCUUGCUUUUCCGACGGACGAAACCAGCUUACGACCGCCAUUACGAGAGUAACGUAAGCAAGAUGCAGCCACCUUAGAUCAGAGAUUACAACUUUACACAGAAAAGAUAGAUGGGUUAUGGAUUUGAAGAGAAUUGAAAAUGGUGAGUGGAUCAAACAACAAAGUAAAAUUUCUAGUGGAUACCAAAAUCGUGCUGGAAUUGAAAUCCCUAAUCCAAAUUCAAAUCAAUAUAUACCUAAAUCAUUCGAUAUUGUAGAACGGAUUUUCAUCGAACUUGAGAAACAAAGCCCCCGUUCCGCAUCGCAGCUCCGCGGGAAAAAUUAUGACAUUAUAUUCAAUUCGAAAUAUAUAUAUACAUUGUAAUUAAAUUAUCAAGAAAAAGUAUAAAAGCUAACGUAGUUUUUUUUUUUUUUU